GGUUGGAGCUCCUCGGGAAAAGGCCUUUCCAUCCCAACAAGCCAACAGAACAGGAGGGUUGUACAGCUGUGACAUCGCAUCUCCGAGUACACGCUGCACGCGUGUCAUAUUUGAUGAGGAGACUGACCCGAAGAUGGAGAGUAAAGAAGACCAAUGGAUGGGUGUAACUGUCCAAAGUCAGGGGCCAGGAGGAAAUGUGGUGACGUGUGCGCAUCGCUAUGAGAAGAGGCAGUAUGUAAACACAGUGCAGGAGACCAGGGAUAUCAUUGGAAGGUGCUAUGUGCUGAGCCAGGAUCUCACUAUUAAGGAUGAUAUGGAUAAUGGAGUGUGGAGUUUUUGUGAUGGUCGUUUAAGAGGCCAUGAGAAGUUUGGUUCCUGUCAGCAAGGUGUUGCUGCUACUUUUACUAGAGACUAUCAUUACAUUGUGUUUGGUGCCCCAGGCACAUACAAUUGGAAAGGGGUGGUUCGUGCAGAGCAAAAGAAUCAGACAUUUUAUGAUCUGGGUAUCUUUGAUGAUGGGCCUUACGAAGUUGGUGACGAGAGCCGCCAAGAUAAGAAUCUAGUUCCUGUUCCAGCUAACAGUUACUUAGGUUUCUCUUUGGACUCCGGUAAAGGAAUUGUCUCCCAAGAUGAGAUGACUUUUGUGUCUGGCGCCCCAAGAGCCAACCACAGCGGAGCAGUUGUCUUACUGAAAAAAGAAAAAAAUCAGAGGGCGCUUUCACUGGAGCACAUGUUUGAAGGCGAAGGGCUGGCCUCCUCUUUUGGCUACGAUGUUGCUGUUGUGGAUCUCAACAGUGAUGGGUGGCAAGACAUUGUUGUUGGAGCCCCGCAGUAUUUUGACAGAAGUGGAGAUAUCGGUGGUGCUGUGUACAUCUACAUUAACCAGCGAGGCCGAUGGAAAGGCGUAAAACCAAUUCGCUUAAAUGGAACCACUGACUCCAUGUUUGGUCUUGCAGUUGAAAAUAUUGGGGACGUUAAUCAGGAUGGAUACCCAGAUAUUGCAGUAGGGGCUCCAUAUGACGGUUUUGGCAAAGUAUACAUUUAUCAUGGAUCCAAGGAUGGAAUAAAUACAAAACCAGCGCAGAUUCUUGACGGUGAAAAAAGGGGCACCAAGUUCUUUGGUUACUCUCUUGCUGGAAACAUGGACCUGGACAAAAAUUCCUACCCUGAUAUUGCUGUUGGCUCCCUUUCAGAUUCUGUAUCUGUGUUCAGAUCUCGGCCUGUGAUAAGCAUUAGAAGCAGGAUUACAGUACAGCCUGAGAGAAUCGAUCUAAAGAAAAAGAACCCUGAGGACCCUAGUGAAAUAUGGAUCGAUGUGGAAGCAUGUUUUCAAUAUACUGCAAACCCCAGUGAUUUAAAUCCAAGGAUAAAGAUCAACUAUACAUUUGAAGCAGAAAACGAGAGGAGGCAGUUAGGCCUGCCGUCUAGGGUACGGUUUAAAGACCACCUGUCUGAUCAGUUUACUGCAAGUACAACCCUAAGGGGGCAGAACUCACAAGAGUGUGUGACAACCAAGCUUGUACUGCAGGACAAAAUUAAAGAUAAGCUACGGCCCAUUCCGAUAUCAGUCAGCGUUAAAAUUGCUGGCCUGGAGUCUAGCUUACCGUCCAGCAGAAAAGAGAGAGCGCUUCCGGAUCUUAUACCAAUUCUAAAUUCAAAUGAAUCUGAAACAGAAACCACAAAAGUGGAGUUCUUAAAAGAAGGAUGUGGAGAAGACAACAAAUGUCACAGCAAUCUGAAACUUCAGUACCGGUUCUGCACUAGAGAAGGAAAUGAAGACAGAUUUACUUAUUUACCUAUUGAAAAUGGCAUGCCAGUGCUUGUUCUGAAAGAUCAGAAAGAUAUUGCCCUGGAAAUAACAGUGACAAACAAUCCAUCUGAUGCAAAAAAUCCACAAAAAGAUGGUGAGGAUGCAUAUGAAGCUAAACUGAUUGCAACUUUUCCAGACAGUCUGACAUAUUCUGCAUUCAGGGAGAUGAGGGGUUAUCCUGAAAAACAGCUAACAUGUGGUGCUAACCAAAAUGGUUCUCAAGCAGAGUGUGAACUUGGAAAUCCUUUCAAAAGAAAUUCCAACGUAACCUUUUAUCUGAUCUUGAGUACCACUAAAGUUAAUGUUGAUACAACAGACUUGGACAUUAAUCUGAAAUUGGAAACAACAAGCACUCAAGUUGAUUCGACUCCAAUUACGGCUAGUGCUAAAGUGGUUCUUGAAUUGCUUUUAUCACUCACUGGAGUUGCUAAGCCUUCUCAGGUAUAUUUUGGAGGCAACAUCGUUGGUGAGAGCGCUAUGAAAUCUGAAGAUGAUAUCGGAAACCUCAUAGAGUACGAAUUCAGAGUAACUAACUUGGGCAGACCCCUGAAAACAUUUGGUACCGCUUCUCUGGACAUCCAAUGGCCGAAAGAAAUUAGUAAUGGCAAAUGGCUGCUUUAUUUGAUGAGCAUAGAUUCCAAAGGCUUGGAAAGAGUCUCUUGUCAACCCGAGGAAGAAAUCAAUAGUUUGCAUGUUGUGGAAUCCCAUAACUCAAGAAGGAAACGUGAGGUUGCAGAGAAGCAGAUUACAGACAGCAAGGCAUUUUCUUUAUUCUCAGAAAGAAAAUACAAGACCUUGGACUGCAACGUGAAUGCACACUGUGUGGACAUAAGAUGUCCCCUGAAGGGUUUAGACAGCAAGGCGUCUAUUGUUCUGCGUUCCAGGCUGUGGAACAGUACUUUCCUAGAAGAAUACUCAAAAAUGAACUACCUGGACAUUCUCGUUAGGGCUUCAAUCAGUGUUCCUGCUGCAGCUAAGAAUGUUAAACUCACAAAUGAAGUUGCUCAGGUGCGUGUUACUGUCUUUCCUGCUAAACCAGUAGCACUUUAUACAGGAGUACCGUGGUGGAUCAUCUCGGUGGCUAUUUUUGCUGGAAUACUGAUGCUUGCACUGUUGGUAUUCUUACUGUGGAAGUGCGGGUUCUUCCAGCGUUCCAGGUACGAAGACAGUGUCCCCCGAUAUCACGCUGUAAGAAUUCGAAAAGAAGAGCGACAGAUCAAAGAUGGGAAGUGCAGAGAUCUUGAGACAAAACAGUGGUUCACAAAAUGGGAUGAAAAUGAAAGUUAUUCUUAGGGAAAAAUUAUUUUCAUCCACCCAGUUCAGACAGACGUUAAGGUUUUCAUUAAUGGAAUACUGAUGGAGUUAGACCUAUGAACGCUACGGACAUUCACCAUUUGAUUGUAGAUAUUACUACUUACAUUGAGGCUUUUGUUUGCACAGUUAAAAUUGCUUCAACAGACUUUUAUUUGCAUUAUUUAAUUUCCAGACUGCCUCUUUUCCCCCUUCAAAUCUAACUCACGCUUUAGAAGAUACUGUGUUGAUUUGGGGUCUUUUCUGCAAAAUAUGCAAAACCACUACCGCAGACCUUUUCCUGUCAUCCUAACCUCCCUCCUCGGUAUGCAAGGAAUGCCUGGGUAAGGUCAAGACAGGUUCUCCAUCCUUCCAUCAACGUGCAGUCCAUUCCAAGCACACAGUGGCCUUAACAUUAGUUCAAGUAUAAUCCGAAGACCUGCAAACCUAGUCAUAAAUUUUGCCUGCUGCAGUAGUUAGGGCUUAACAAAAAGCAUCAUCUUAAAUUACAUGUGCAAUAGGUCAUGUUGCUCUUUUUUUUUUUUUAAGAUUGUGUGAUUCUUGCUCACAACAAAUAUACACAGUUUUUUUAAAAGAGAAGCUUGAAUAUUAGAUGUACUUUUUGUAUAUAUACAUUUUAGUCAUUUUUGUAUUUAUUUUUGUUAUAAAUCAUUGUCUCUGACUAACUGUUAGGCCAAAGACUUAACUGAACCUUCAAAUCCACUGUGUUGUUGAACUUCAGAUUGUGAGACCUGAGGCUUUCACUGCAUUUUAAUAAAUCACUGAAGGUGCCAAUGCUUUCUAAAAAUGUAAAUAUUUAUUCCAGUGAUGUGUAUGGGGGCUUUCUUUUCUUGAGACUUGUAACUUUAUGUAAUAGGAAUUGUCAGGUCUUGUAACAUGAUUUGUAUAUUACUUCAGACUAUUUAACGAUUUGGACACCAAGCAGAAGUAGGGGUUUUAGACACAGUUUUAUACUUACUGCAAGAAGUGAGGGGUUCUCUGGAAACUGCUUUCCAGCUUCAGAAGGACUUCCUGUUUGGCAAAAGGCAUUGACUACUGCAACUGUUAUAUAGCACUUGAAGGAGGCUGUAAACGCCCAACUUACCGUAAC